AUGAAAUGGGGUGCAGUGUGGUUCAUAACUGGUGAUUGGAACGACUUAUGCAAAUGGGAGGAUAAAAAGGUGGGAAAACCAGAUUUCAAAGAGGAGACAGAAAUUGGGAGACUUAGGACAAAAUUCAAAAAGAGCUUGAUGAAGCUAAUCUUUCUGAGGAAAAUUAUUGGCAACAAAAAGCAAGAGCUCUCUACCCAAAGAAGAAAGAUGAACUCCAUAGUGAGAUUGGUGACAAAAGGGAACAUGAUAAUUAGUGAAUCCGUGGAAAUCAAGCAGAUAGUAGCUGAUUACUAUGAGAAACUAUUUACUUCUAAUAACUCUAGCAGGGGCCAUGAGCUGCUGCCUUUGAUCUCAAAAUCAGUCACAGAGGACAUGAAGUCUGCUCUCACAGCUCCAGUGGAGAAUGAGGACAUCAAGAAAGUUGUGUUUAGCAUACAUCCUGACAAGGCCCCUGGAUAA